AUGAUGUAGUAUUAUCUUGAGAUCUCCAGAAAACAAACCGCAUUUGAAUCACAAAAUGGAUCUACCACCCAAAAUACUACCAACUCACAAAUAUCCUUUGACCAUUUCGACUCGUUUUGUUAAUGAUUCUUGUAAAGGUUGCAAUAUAAAAGGUCCCAUCUAUGGCGGCUACCGUUGCAACGAGCCUUCCUCUACUAGUUUGUUCUUCCACAAAGAGUGCGCAGAGGCUCCACCGGAGAUUAUCAACCAUCCUUCUCAUCCUCAACACACUCUUAAACUCCACAAUUCUCUAAGGAACCCAUGUAAAUGUAAUCUAUGUGGCAAGACUUUUUUCGCUUUUGGUUAUCGUUGUUCAUCAAAAUGUGACUUCAUCGUGGAUCUCACUUGUGGGAUAAAUCCAUUGCCGGUUUCUAUCGAACAUCCAAAGUCUCAUCAUCAUCCAGUUAUCUUCUUGAAAGAACCCGCAAAGCCGGGUAGGCGCAGAUGCGGAAUUUGCAAGGGCUAUAAUGGUGGAUGUUCUUAUGCAUGUCUUGAAUGUGAAGUCCACUUUCAUGUCGAGUGUGUCAAUCUUUCCCAAGAGGUGAAUCAUCCUUCUCAUCCUCAACAUUCUCUCAAGUUACUUGAAUAUGAAUCACUAACAAGUGAUGCUGAAGAGACAUGUCUUUUAUGUGGAGAACGACCAGACAAAGUGCUUUAUCGCUGCUCGAUAUGCAACUUCAGCGUAUGUCGAUUCUGUACAAAAGAUCCACCACCACUUGCUAUCGAGCAUCAUAAGACGCACGAGCAUCGACUUGUCCUCUUAUCAAGACUCAUCUCAUUUGAAUGUAAUGCUUGUGGGAUGCAAGGUGAUCGAAGUCCUUACAUGUGUGUUCAAUGCGGGUUUGUUGUCCAUAGAACUUGUAUUGACUUACCACGUGUCAUAAACAUCAACCGUCACGAUCAUCGCAUCUCUUUCACCCAUCAUCUCGGUGUUGGGUACUCGAGAUGCGGUAUUUGUCGCAAAGAUAUAAGUCAAUACCAUGGGGCUUAUUUAUGCCCUCGUUGCCCGAACUAUGCAGCUCAUUCACUAUGUGCAACAAGAAAAGACGUAUGGGAUGGGGUAGAACUCGAAGGGACACCAGAUGAUGAUGACGAAGAUAUUGUGCCGUUCAAAGUGGUGGGUGAUAACUUGAUCAAGCAUUUCAGUCAUGAAGAACAUAAUCUAAGACUCAACAAGGACAAUAUCAAUCGUGACGAAGGCUCACGUUGUGAAGCAUGCGUCCUUCCUAUCUAUUCCGAUCCGAUCUACAACUGUGAGGAAUGUCGUUUCAUUCUCCAUGAGAAAUGCGCUAAUCAUCCAAAAAAGAAACGACAUGUAUUCCACACAAAACCAUUCACACUAUGGUCCAGACCACCUCGUACAUUCCAUAGCAAAGAUUUUAGAUUCUACGAUGUCUUUCGCUGCUAUGCUUGUAGAACGAAGUCUACUGGUUUCAGGUACGUUUCUGAUUGGUGGGUUCUAGAUGUACGUUGUGGUUCGCGUUCUGAACCGGUCAUUCAUGAUGGUCACAGACAUCCUCUAUAUUACGAACAUAAGAAAGAUCACUGUUGUGAUGCAUGUUAUAAAGAGAUAGAUGGUUAUCUGCUUUCCUGUGACACUUGUGACUUUGAUCUGGAUUUACACUGUACUGAUUUACCAAAAACGGUAAAGCACAGCUGCGACAAUCAUCCUCUUUCCCUAUGCUAUGGCGAAAAUGCAACCGGAAAAUAUUGGUGUGAUAUUUGCGAGGCGGAAACAGAUCCAAGUAAGUGGUUCUACACUUGCUCUAAAUGUGUGGUUACUGCACAUAUUGAAUGUGUGCUUGGAGACUUUUCACGUCUCAUGCCAGGACGCAUCAUCAACUACAAUAAUGUUAGAGUUGAAGUGGUUCUUAACAGCUAUAGUUCUCGCCCCUUCUGUGCAAAAUGUCACUCCAGAUGCAGAGCUCCUAUCAUUCUAAAGCUUUGUGAUCCAUAUACUGGAUACAUUUGUUCCGAUGCAUGUGUAGUGCCCGACUAUCAAUACAGCUAAGACAACUAUGUAGCUGUUUAUUUCACUCUAUUGUUUCUCGUAAUUUUUUGGAUGUAAGAGUUUAUUUCCAACUACAAGUGCUAAGCAUUCUGGUUAUAUUCAUACUGUGUUCAUCAGUACAGGCAGGAUUAAACUGUAUCGAUGACAUAUAUAAAGUCGUAACAAGUUAUGACAAACUUGCUAAAAAGGUAGUAGCAACUAAUAUGAUUUAGUUAA